AUGAAUGAACAAGAUGGUACUCAAGGUGAGUUCCAGUUGAAUAUUAUCAGAUCAUUAUCCAAGUCCCAUUUUGGCCAUCCACAAUAAAAGUGCUAAACAACAUUGCCAAGUGCAAUUUGUCAGCUAUUACUCUGGGGGGAGUUGUAUCAAGCCUGUUUAGCUUAUUAGCAAAAUUAAAUAACACUCAUAUCUCUCGUCAAUCAGUCAACUUAAAUAUUCUGCACUCAAUACACUAUGUACUUGUAAACAUUAUCGUUCUAUUAAGCUUCAAAACUUUUAGUUUGGUUGUUCAAUGAAUCUAUAGACUUUCUUUCUAUUUUCAGCUAAACAGGCUUGAUACAACUGACCCCUGAAUUUUAUCACUUUGACAGUGUUAUUCUCAAUUCAAUACUAACAAUUUGUUUACUGAUAAACUUUCCUCCACUGUAAUAUUUACUUAUAUUGCAAGUGCUAGUCCAACAAAAGCAGCUUAUGGAGAGGUAGUUACUAGCUAAGUAAGGCAAAUUAUAUUUUUUGAAACCCAAUUAUCUUGAAAACCAAAAGGCUGUUAAUUGUCUUAGGUUUUCCAUCUCACCCCUAAGUUCUUAUUCUUGUUUUACAGUUUUUACAUGAACCAUUCAAUAAUAUUUUUUUAUUUUUUAGAGGCUGGUGUCAGUUCACUUGAUUGUUACAUCCAAAAUGUUUCCAUGGUCAAGACGACACCUUCAAAGAAAAGGUAUUUCAAUUGCACAUUGCAAGCGAAAGAUGAUCCAGUCAAAGCAGUGUGCUACUCCCCUGAUAAGCAUUCUGAAUUACAAACUGUGGCAAAGACAAGAAGUCCAAUUAAACUUCAAAACUUCAAAAAAACUGACUCUAGCAAAGACAUUGUCAUCACCAAAUUUACUAAAAUUACUCCUCUCAGCAAAGCUGAUGUUGGCUUCAGUUUUGAAGAGAACAUGACAGUCAAGUCAGCUGAUGCAGUGGUUAACAUAUCAUCCAUAACCAAACUUGCUCCAGAACAGUUAAUCUCUGUAACAGGGCCUUUUUUAACAUACAAGCUGGGGGGGGGCAAAUGCCCCGCCAGUCCCCCCUUGUGCCCCCCCACGAAAUCACAUUUUGCCCCCCCAGGAAAAGUCCCUUUUCCCUAAAAUUAUAGAAACAAACCAGCGAAGAUUAACAAAUACAUAAACGGAAAGUAAGUUUUAGGCGUUAUCCUUUGUCCUUGUUUAACAAAAUCGAUUUAAAUUGUUACUUUUUUCUACCACUAAGUAAUGAUAAAUUAUUGUUAAUAUUUUUUUUAUUUUUUGGAUGCUCAGAAUGCAGGAAAUAGCAUUUCCGGGUUUCAAAUUUCAAAAAUUUUCUGGGGAUUAAUUUUCUAUAGUUGGCCUAAAUUUUGGAGCAAAUUUGGAUGCUCAGAAUGCAGGAAAUGACAUUUCCGGGAUUCAAAUUUAAAAAAUUUUCUGGGGGAAUACUCCCCCAGACCACCCCCCAUUCAUGAGUGGUAUAUUGGCGACACACGUGGCCUUCAGCCAUUGCUACCCCCCUCUAAUAUAUUAUAUCACAGAAAAGUCCCUUUUCAAAAAAUGCCCCCCCCCCCCACGGGAAAAUCCUUAAAAAAGGCCCUGAAUGGUUCAUCCUAAUUAGAAUUCUUUUGUAGUCGUAUUUUAAGCUGUUCAAAACACUCGUUGUCGUGUUUUAUCAGAUAUAAAACUCUCGGCUGCGCCUCGCGUUUUAUAUCUGAUAAAACACUCCUACUCGUGUUUUAAAUAGUACAUCCAGUGAAAUAGUGGCCGCGGGCUACUUGAUACGAUAUUACUAGAGAACGAGCAUUCUGCAAUAUUUCCUUCUCUUCUCGAAGAACAAUGUGGAGUGA